GGUGGGGAUGUCUGUGGGAUUGUCGCGCGAGUCAACGAUACUGAGACGAAGUUCAAAGUAGGCGACUGCGUUGUGGCCCAGUUUGAUACCGUGCCAUUUGACGGCAUAGCUGAGUACCGAACUGUCCAGACGUAUCUCGCAGAACUGAAGCCAGUUACAGCCACAUCGGCGGAGGCGUGCACGCUGCCCACCACGGCUAAGGCAGCUAUGAUAGGUAUUGAACGGUACAUGAAGAAAGGGGACCGCGUGCUCGUCCUGGGUGGUGCGGGUGGGGUGGGUAAUGCAUUGGUUCAGUUGGCAAAGGCCUAUGGCGCUUCACACGUUGCUGCUACCACCACAGCCUUCGAUCUGGUCAAGGGAUUGGGAGCUGACAG